AUGACAAUCAGUGCCUCAAUAAAAGAUAGUAUUAAUACUGAUGACCUUACCAAUGUAGAAGGCGUGUCAGAAGAAUUAAUAGCAAAUAUCCUUCGAGAUCGUUUUCUAAAAAACCAAAUAUACACUCGCAUUCGACACUCUACCCUCGUCAUGAUAAAUCCCUACAAGGAUUCUCGCUCAGAAAUUCAAGAAACUAGUGAAGAAUAUCUUUUGGAGUACAAAGAUACAAAAUCAAAGAAGGAAGAUGAAUUAUUGCCAGCCCAUAUAUUUCAGCAUGUCAACCAAGCCUAUUUUCAUAUGAGACGUACUGGUAGCGAUCAAUCGAUCAUUUUAAGUGGCCUAUGUGGAAGUGGAAAAUCAGAAAUGCAUCAAUGGAUAUUGUAUCACUUAGUGACGUUGAGUAACUCGAAAAAACCAUCCAAAAUACAACAAAUGGUUCAAAAAGCAUAUGGUAUUGUAGAGGCAUUUGGACAUGCAAAGACGACAGUCAAUGAAAAUGCAUCCGGUUUCGGAAAACAUUACGAAGUUCAAUUCAAUGAAAGAGGUAGAAUGAUCGGUGCGAAGUUUUUGAACUACUUGUUGGAAAAAUCAAGAAUUGCCCACCUCAGUGGCGAUGAACGAAAUUAUCAUGUUUUCUACUAUGUGCUACAUGGUGCAACAGCUGAAGAGAAAGCUUUACUACAUUUAAGUGAUUCCAUUGUAUAUCCGUAUCUGUUUACAUCAAAAGACGCUAUGCGGUUAGCAGCCGGACUGGCUUUAGAGCAUAAGGAAAAAUACUAUGAGCUUAAGCUAUUGCUAAAGUCACUAGGUAUGAGCAGAAAAACAAUAUUCCAAAUUGCACAAAUAAUUGCAGCCAUCAUACACCUUGGAAGUAUUCAGUUCGUAGACGAUGCGUCUAGCACGCAAGAUUCAGCUACAGUGAAAGAUACGAAUGAAUUAGAAAUCGCUGCUGAACUGUUGGGAGUCGAAGUCAAAGCCUUAGAAAUAUGUCUGACGUAUCAAACAAAACUGAUCAAGCGUGAUCUUACGACAAUAUUUCUAAACGCAGAACAAGCGUCAGCCCAACGAGAUGCACUUGCUGAAACACUUUAUUGUUUGCUCUUUACCUGGAUCACUGAGAAUAUCAACAAAAAAUUAUGUAAAUCAGAAUGUCAGAAUUACAUUAGCAUUGUCGACUUUCCAGGAACAUUACCUGCUGUACAAAAUGCUUCUUAUGAUCAAUUCGCUUUUAUAUACGCAAAUGAACGAAUUCAUAAUUUCAUGCUACAUAGCCUGUUUGAAAGAAAUACAGAAGUGUAUAUUAGCUUAGAGAUACCGAUUCCCAGUCAACCAACUGUUGUAUACAACGAUAAUUGUGUGCAGUUAUUAGAUGCUUCUGAGAAUAGCUUGGUCAACGUCCUCUCUCAUGAAGACCCGAUACCUGUAGUGCAACGCCAUACCCAUUGGGUGGAGACUUUAGAGAAGCUGCAUAACGGAAGUAGCCAUUUUGGUUCAAAGUCAUCGCCCAAUGGAAAAGAAACAUUAUUUGCCAUCGAACAUUUUACGGGCACCAUAACUUAUUCAGCUACAGAAUUUUUCAACCGUAGAAUAGACACACUUUCUACUGAUUUUACCUCUUUGUUUGCACCAACGCAUAGUACGACAGAACUGCCUUCCAACAGCCUUGUCACCAAAAUAUUCAAGCAAAAAUCCACCAAAGUUAAUCCUCCUUCAUUAAACAAUAUCACUACCGCUACUGCGAAAGAUACUACCGUAAUAAACCAACAGUUGUCAUCAAGCAUAGUAACCUCAGUAAGCGAACAGCAAAAAGGCACUACUACUACAGAUGCAAAUAUUGCUUCUUCACUGAUACCUGUAGUAUUAGACGAACAACAGCAGCAGAAAAAUCAGCAACAAGAAUGUUUAUAUUUUACAGGAAUAAAAGAUAUGAGCAAGCAUGUAAACGAUAUCGUUUUGAGGCUCCAUUCCACAAAGCCGUGGUUUGUCGUUUGCCUGCGAUCAAAUGAUUUACUAUUACCCAAUUCUUGCGAUGCAAAGAAAUUGAUAGCACAGAUCAAAACUUUCGAUAUAUUAUCAAUUAUUAAGCGAGCAAAAUACGAGUACACAAUUGACCUGGAUAUACUGGAAUUCUGCGAUAGAUACGAAAAUGUGAUCAAUGCUACUUCUGUGGAUUUGGAUGCUGAUCCGAAAGCUAAAUUAUCUGCAUUGAAAGAUACUUACGGAUGGGAUAAAAGCAUGAUGACCCUAUCCGAAGAAAAGGUAUAUCUGACCGAAUUAUCUUGGAACUGCUUGGAAAACCAACUGCGUGCAAUUGAGAAAAGAGAACAGAGAAGAGCAAGAUGCAUUGCCAAAGGAAUUCCAUUUGAGGAAGAUACAGAAGCUAUGAGCCAAAUGUUUUUACAUUUAUCGGGUAGUGGAUCAAUGAUGGAAGCUGCUUCAAUUUGUUCUGAGGAUUAUGACAAUGGAUACGAUGUGGAAGACUUGAACUCCAUAUGCUCACAUCAAUGCGACAGCACUGUUCACUCAUUAAGCACUUCGGAUAACAAACAACGUCAACGCCAACAGCAACCAACACAUUUACUAUUAAAUGACGAGAAUACUGUCCAUGUGAAAGGGACACAGAAGCACCAAACGCAGCAAACUUUGGCUGAAAAGACGAGUCGGUCACGAAAACUAUGGGUCAUUUUGACUUGGCUAACGACGUGGUGGAUACCAAGUUUCAUUAUGCAUUAUCUAUGCGGUAUGCGGCGGUCUGAUAUAAGAAUGGCCUGGAGAGAAAAAGUGACCUUGUGCGGCCUUAUUUUUUUAAUAUGCGCUGCUAUGAUUUGGUUUAUCGCUUUUUUUGGUCAGCUUGUCUGCCCCCAUCAGGAUUUAUUUACUCAAUCUGAACUUCAAGCCAAAAGUAAUAGAGAUAACGCAUAUGUGACUAUUCGUGGUGAAGUAUUUGACCUAACAUCUUUUGCACCGAGACAUUGGGCAUCUGAAGUGAUUCCAACGGGUGUUAUCUUUCAGUACGCUGGUCAAGACGCCAGUGACCUCUUUCCUAUUCAAGUUUCAGCCCUUUGUGAUGGCGUGAACGGCUUUGUACCUAAAGAGGUUACACUGGAUGCGCACAUAAAUAUCACUGAUUCAAAUGCAGCCUACCACGAUUUCAGAAGUUUUCGUGACGAUUAUCGACCGGACUGGUAUUAUGAACAAAUGGUUUAUCUAAGAAGAAACUAUCGUAUUGGCUUCAUGGGGUAUGAUCCUAUUGAUAUUAAGAACCAAGCAGUUAAUCCGGUACAGAUGGGUGGUAUAAGCACUCAGAGACUAUGGGCCAUUAUUCAUAACAACGUCUACGAUUUAACUUCAUAUUUAAUGGGAGGCCGUUCUUCGCGUGUAGCUGACGGACAAGUACUUUCAACUGAAAUUGACUUGGAUUUUAUGGAUAACUCAAUCUCAGAACUGUUUCGACAAUUGGCUGGAACAGAUAUCUCGGCUCAUUUCGACGCUUUACCAUUAGAUAAAUUGGUGAGAGAACGGCAGCUGACAUGCUUACGUAACUUGUUUUUCGUUGGAAUGGUCGAUACUCGCAACUCAUUCCAGUGCUUGCUCUCUGAAUAUUUGCUGCUUUUGAUUACAGGAUUUCUCUGUAGUGUUAUAUUGUUUAAAUUCCUGGCUGCGCUACGGAUAGGUUCUCAACCGAAAUCAGUGCAGCAUGACAAAUUUAUCAUUUGUCAAGUCCCUUGCUAUACCGAAGGUGAAGAAUCGUUGCGGAAGACAAUCAAUUCAUUAACAGUCCUCAAAUACGACGAUAAACGCAAACUAUUGUUCUUAAUUGCAGACGGUAUGAUUGUUGGAAGCGGCAAUGAUAGAUCAACUCCUCGUAUUGUAUUAGACAUUUUGGGUGUGGACCCGAACAUUGAUCCAGAGCCAAAGUCAUUUAUAUCCCUUGGGGAAGGACAGAAGCAGCAUAAUAUGGGUAAAGUUUAUUCGGGCCUCUAUGAAUACUCAGGACAUGUCGUACCUUUUGUGGUUGUUGUAAAAGUAGGCACAGCGCAAGAAAGACAGAAGCCCGGAAAUCGGGGUAAAAGAGACUCACAGAUGGUGUUGAUGCGUUUCCUUAAUAAGGUCCACUUUGAUUCACCAAUGACACCGUUGGAGCUUGAAAUUCAUCAUCAAAUAAAGAAUGUUAUUGGUGUUAAUCCGGAAUUCUACGAAUUUGUACUCAUGGUGGAUGCUGACACAGAAGUCUUGCCUACUUCUUUGAACAAAAUGGUAGCAUGCUUUGUUAAUGAUUCGAAGAUUGUUGGUUUAUGUGGCGAAACUAUGUUAUCCAAUGAAAAGGAUACCUGGGUUACUAUGAUACAAGUAUAUGAAUACUACAUAUCGCAUCAUCUAGCUAAGGCGUUUGAAUCUCUGUUUGGUUCAGUUACUUGUCUACCAGGAUGCUUCUGCAUGUAUCGGGUUCGGUCAUCCAAAAGAAAUCAGCCACUGUUGGUCUCCAAUGAGGUAAUAUCUGAUUAUGCAGAGAACAACGUCAAUACACUCCACAAGAAGAACCUAUUACAUUUGGGCGAGGACCGAUACCUUACCACGCUAAUCUUAAAACAUUUCCCAAAUUAUAAAACAAAAUUCACACCGGACGCUGCUUGUAUGACGAAUGCUCCAGACCAAUGGCCUAUUUUAUUGUCUCAACGCCGUAGAUGGAUCAAUUCAACUGUUCAUAACCUUGGAGAGCUAAUGUUUCUACCUCAACUUUGCGGAUUUUGUUGCUUUUCGAUGCGCUUCGUGGUAAUGUUGGAUUUAUUGAGUACCUUGGUCAUGCCUGCUGUUGUCUGCUAUCUUGGCUAUCUGAUAUACCAACUUUGCACAAAUACAAACCAGGUUCCACUUAUGUCGAUUGUUACACUUGCAGGUGUAUAUGGCUUACAAGCCUUCAUUUUUAUAUUGAGACGAAAAUGGGAGCAUGUAGGCUGGAUGAUAGUCUAUAUCUUGGCAAUCCCGGUUUUCUCUUUCUACAUUCCUAUCUAUGCGUUCUGGCAUUUUGACGAUUUUUCGUGGGGCAACACUCGUAUUGUCGUUGGUGAGAAAGGCCAAAAGAAAGCUAUGGGGGCUGACGAAGGGGUCUUCGAUUCUGAAAGCAUCACAAUGAAGCGCUGGUCUGAGCAUGAACAAGCACUUACUGAAGAAUGGCGAAAUAAAGAUAAAUAUCCUUGCCAAGAAUCAGAGUGUUCAUGUGAAGUAGAUGAAUAUGAUAAUCAUUCACAUGUGCCAAGACGAACGCAUCACUGCUGCUCCCAACUCUCCUCAUCUACCGACGGUUGCUCCCACGAAGGCGCAUUUGUGGAAGAUGCAACUUGGUCCGUGUACAGUGGUAUGACGAUCGAUCAUUCGAGCUAUUCUUACCAAAACGGACGUAAUUCCGAGCAUACAUUUUCGGGUUAA